UUCUUUUCUUCCCAUAAGCGCACAGUCACGCCUUCAUCACACCGGGAAUGGCAGCAGUGUGCUGACACGCACAGGACAUACAGACUGGGACAAGGGAGAGAAAAGAGGGAAAGAAAGGAAAUAUAGUGGGCCAUGGAUAGCUGACACACAUACACACACACACACACACACACACACGGAGGUGAUUACAGGAGGACGUUUGGAGGACUCUGAACCGAGGACAGUGUGAUGGGACUCAGGACAGAGAUAAGUUCAGGACUCCAUGGUUACAGAGACACAUACAGCUGAACACCAGCAUCAUGUCGGGAGCUUGAAUAACUGCAGGAGAAUGUGGUGUUUGGUGGAAACACGGAUCUCACGUACAUCUGGAUCCUUCACAGCUGCUUCCAAAGUGUGCUGAUUACACGCACACGCACACGCACACACACACACACACGCACACACACACUGCUUGGACAUAUUGAACACCUCUAGUGAGUGAUGUUCUUGUCUUUAUCGUGCUUUCAGCAGACUCAGUCAUCCUGACAAUCAGACGUCACUCUGUGCCUUUAUUAACGCUCUCAUUGAUCAGAAACAACAUGGCCGACCAAAGCAACAUCCAGUGCGCUGCUUCUAAAAGCAUCCGUCCGUUUAAGUCCAGCGAGGAGUACCUGUACGCCAUGAAGGAGGACCUGGCCGAGUGGCUGAACGGUCUGUACGAUCUAGACAUCACGGCCGACACCUUCAUGGAGAGCCUGGAGACUGGCUGUGCUCUCUGUCGCCAUAGCAACAACGUGAACCGCACCUCGCUGGAGUUCCUGUCCCAGCACCCGGACUCGACGCUCCUCGCUCCGAGACGGGACGUGGCGUUCCAGUCACGCAACGUGGUUCCUGGAUCGUUUGUAGCACGCGACAACGUGUCCAACUUCAUCGGCUGGUGCAGGCACGAGCUGCGUAUCAAAGACGUUCUCAUGUUCGAGACCAACGACCUGGUGGAGCGCUGCAAUGAGAAGAACUUCGUGCUGUGCCUGCUGGAGGUGGCUCGCCGAGGGGCCAAGUUCGGCAUGCCCGCACCCAUGCUGGUGCAGCUCGAGGAGGAGAUCGAGGAGGAGAUCCGUGACCAGGAGAACCUGCAGGAGAACGGCAACAAACCAAGCAUCAGAACAUUUCAUCAGGAAAAGAGGAACAGUGACUUGGAACCGGAGCUCAUAAACAACUGGAAAGAGCAGAAAAGAAUCUUGUGUGACAUGCGCAACCUGGACGAGCUGGUACGGGAGAUCCUCGGCCAGUGCUCGUGUCCUGCUCAGUUCCCAAUGACCAAAAUCUCUGAGGGAAAAUAUAAAAUAGGCGACUCCAGUGCACUCAUCUUCAUCAGGGUGUUAAGGGCCCAUGUGAUGGUACGUGUAGGUGGAGGUUGGGACACUCUUGAGCAUUACCUCGACAAACAUGACCCCUGCCGCUGUAACGCUUACGCUCACCGCUAUCAGCAGGGUAAAGCCAGCGGUCAGAAUCCUCACAGUAAGAACUCGAGCGCUCACUCGUCCCGCUCCGCUAGCCCCGGGCCGCAUUACAAACCCUCUGAACGACGCUCCCUGGAACCGUCGGCACCCUGCGUGCCCACCUCUUCCUCAUCAUCCUCCCCCAGGCUCACCAGGGCCAACCUUGCAGCCGCAGAGUCAAACAGGGGCAGGACGAACGGCACGCUGCUGCCCAAACCGCCCCGAGACAGAUCAGAGCCACGGCAGUUCAACCCCAUCAGGAAUAAAGACAAUCUGUCACAUUUAACUCGUCGUCUCUCUGGAGAUAGUGACUCAUCUACUGCCUCCUCUAAAGGUGGUGGAGUAGGUGGAGGAGGGCGUUUGUCUUUAGGAGCUCGUCGCACUAACGGGGAAGAGGUGGUAUUUUUAGUCAACCGAAAAGAAGGCAAGCAUGAGAUUGCACGAACAGCGGGCGGUGCCGGACAGAUUCCUGUUCUUCGCCCUCCUCAACCACGAACUCGCAGCACUUCUAGAGAACGUCUUGCACCUGCUCCCUCCUCACCAGGCAAAAUGAAGCCCUGCCCGCCUCAAAGCAGCACCACACGUUUUGAGAGAGGGCGAUCCUUAGGGUCAGAUGGGCCCCGAAGGCUCCAGACUUCCCGCUCACUCAGCCAGGGCAAAUCUCCACAACAUGGGCGAAGAAGUGAAGGCAUACCUGCUUCACCUCGCCACAGAGAUGCCCAGGAUGACCCAAGAUCUAAGCAGGCACUUCCAGCUUCACCUAGGCUAAAUGGAGGGUUCUCUAAGAGACAAAUGCCCCCCUCAGCCUCUAGUUCACCUGUAAAAGGGGUCAUCGGAAGUCCUAUGAAGAAGAGCACAGUAGCCCCACGGCCCCCUGCCCCACGCUCACCCUCAGUGGGGAAUCGGAGACUGCUUCCCCCCAUCUCACAGCCUGGUCGGCGCUCUCCACACUCAAGUCCCAGGUCCACACAGAGGUCACCCCAUCACCACCCACCACGGUCACCACGGAUAUCAGGAAAGCCGACUCAGAAAGGAUGGGUUCACCAAAAUCAGCCAGACCCACAAGAUGACAUGGGGAUUGGAUUCAGCUUACAUUCUUUACCCACUCUUGAUCCUAAACGUGAGCUUGAGCUGUAUCGCAACUUUGAGGCUGAGUUUCUUGCCAACACAGGCCAGACCAGAGUGUCUGAAACAAAUGAAGCAUCAGUGCAGCUCCCUAUCUCUCAGCAGGGCUUAAGGGCAUCAGGUGACACUAAUGUAGCAGAUUCAGCCUACUCAUCUUCUAAUUCCUCAUCCUCCUCUCUGAAUGUAGGGGGAAAAGUGGGAAUCCUGCCUGACUUGCGUGAGACAAGGCGUCCUAAUGGUGCCCGGAGCUGUGCUUUAGAGGAUCCUCCAACUUUGCUGCACAGCCAGAUGCGAGCCGGUCUUCCUAAUGGUGGCUUCCGCAAGCUUCCUGCCAUCUCUAGCUCCAUGGAGGAAGGAGAACCAGGACUCCACUCUAACCACCUCCAGGCUGGUCUUCAGAUAAAUGGGGGUCACAAGGGAUUUCUGCACUCUUUAGUACCCAUGGAAGCCCAGGCAGAAUGGGCUGGUUUGGAAGGCGAUAUCACUUUGGAUGGCCAUGGCCGAGAUCUACCCUACGACCAGGGUCUCUCUAGUGAUAUCCCACUCCCAGUUUCAUUCCCAUCACCUCCUCCACCAGAGGACUGCUCAUAUAAUGACUCCUCCAGCGAGAGCUCUUCCAUGUGUUUCAGCCUGAGUGAGCCGAUUUCUGAAGGUUCCUGCAGCCCCCCAUCUUCCGUGGCUAAUGGAGAUGUAGAUGGCACCGUGGUCCUCCGGGCAAAACGAGGGCAGAAAAAGGUAGACAGGGUACCUUCCAUAUACAAGCUCAAAUUACGCCCACGGAUGCGACCUCGCACUGACAACAGGCCGGAGAACAGUCCUUCACGCAUCCCAACGCCGCUCAGUUACAGAGAACUACAGCAACAAAAGGCUUCCAGCAAUCUGACGCCGCCACAAUCACCACGCACUCGCAAAAAUCUUAAUCAAGUCUUUGGCGAUGUCAUCCACCAACAACGGAGAUCAGCGAGCGUGGGAUCAAGGCAGCGCUCGUUCUCGCCAGAGUCCGGCCUGGACCCGGAUGACUGGAUGUAAAGUGCACUGGAGGUCAUAGAUGUUCAUGUUAACUAUGAGUUAACUCAAGUUCUUCUCAGUCUUUACACAAUCCUGAGAACCUACAAAAGGCUAAAUAAUGACAGGAGAAAGUCUAAAAGCUGUGAAUGUCAUCUAGAAAGAUGCUAAAGCACUUAAACAAGGAUGCCAUGUGUUAGCAUGAGCUUUUGUCAAAGCAUGCCACAUAUCUCACAGCCUGAGCCUGGAUUUUAUUCCUACUACUGGAUUACUGGGAAAAAACAUCCAAACGUGUUACAUCAUUUAUUUUUACUGUCUAAGAAUAUUUAUAGAUCGGCUGUGCGAUUUUCUUCUCUUCCUUGUGAAGCCUUUCUGGGUAAUUCACACUAUAAACGUCAGGAAAAGUAGGAAAUGAGAAUGGUGACGAAACAGUUGGUUACAAUGCACGGGGUUCUCUGAAGGACAGAAGUCUGAUGUGUCACUCUGGUGAGCAAAGUAUAGUGACAACCCGUCUCAUGGAAGUGAGAAACUGGUGCUCAUGGUUCCCAUGACGUCCUUGUCUUUAUGAGUCGGUAUGUCGUUGGAGUGCGUCCUUGCUUGGACAAACGCAUAUGACAAAUACAACCUUCCCUUUGUUGUCAUGACUAAACCUAAAACGGAUAACGGCUUUUUAUCACAUUUUAAGUUCUUACUCCAUUGUUAAGCCAUUGUUUCAAAUUAUUUCUGCUUUUACUUGGGGUUGCUAUAGCAACUUGCUUCUAAAAAGACAAAGUGGGUUAUUUUUUUUUUCCUGUCCAUCGUUCUUUAAUCUAAAGGAAGCAGAAUUUGGAGCUGUCAUUCAAGGACUUUUCGAUGUUGACGUGAACCACUGACUGACUGGUGCGGAACGUAGGAAGGCUGGCACCAAGACUACGUUUGCAUUUUCUUGCACAUGGGCUUUUUUUUUUAAUACCGUAUUUUCUGGACUGGUAGCAAACUAUAAAUUCUGGAAAAAUGUUUGAGAAAAAUUUGUCUCUAUUUGUGGGUAUAUUCAGGUUUUUAUUUCUAACAUAGACUCAUAAAAAACAAAAGUUAUAUUUAGCACCUUCUUCCCUGUGGAAACCGUUUAAACAAAGUUCAAAGUUCCAGCUUUCCUACACUUAAGUGGCAACAUAGAACAAUCAAGAGAUUCAAACCAAAGAUCCCUAAGGGUUCCAGAGUCAAUCUAGAAUCUGCAUUUGUGGUAUGCAGAUAAAUCUUGAGAGUUUGUCAAGUAGAAGCAGUUUUAGAAGUUUAGACCCUGACAGAACUUUUAAAGGCCCUCAAACAUUGUUGAGCAUCAGUAAAAAAAAGGUUCCUCGAUAGUUCUUUAAAUUGUUCAUGGUUCUAGCUGUUCAACAGAAAACUCUCUGCUGUACGGUAUUCUGUAGAACCUUUUAAACUCUCCCUCAAGAACCUUAAGCAUUCUAGAACCUUUUAAAUUGAAGUUAGUUAAAGGUAAUAAAUAAAUUGUAGCUAGUCAACUACAACCAUUUCGGAUUUUAAAGAACCUCUCUGGUUCUGACUAAAACCGUGAACCAUGGUAGAGUACCGUGUCUUUUUCAGUUAAAGUGUUGUAGCGCUUCAUUUGUGACCUUAAAAAAAGGCAUCCUCAGGGAUUUUAGUGUUCUGAAGGAAAAUCCUUCUGUUGUAGGGUUGUGUGUAGAACUGUUUAAGGUUCUCCAACAAAUUCAAACCGAAGGACGUCAUGGGUUCUAGUUUCACCCUUUCUUUUUUUAAUAGAAGGUUAAAAAAUAAUGUAGCUACACAGAACAGUUAGACAGAACCUUUUAAAGAACCCAGAUGAGGUGCGAUACAGAUGUUUCUACAUAGAAAUUUGCACUAAAAAGGAUGAGAUUCAAAGGAACAGAACGCUCUUCUUCUGAAGAGUAAACUUAUGGGUUCCUGUGGAUCUUUAAGUAGGUUUUUUUUUAUCCUCCUCUUAUAAAGUUAUUCCACAAAUUCAAAACCUUAGACUCGACUCUGAGUUAAAGAAUCAGCUGAGUAUCAGCUGCUCACUUUCCUAAGGGUUCUUUAAAUGUCUAACAGCUUUAUUGUAUUUUAUUUAUUUAUUUUCUAUUUUGCUGGAAUGUGCUUUUUUUAAGGUUCUUCAAUGACUUUAUGGUUUUAGGCUCUUUUCUUUUAAGUUAUAUUCUAAUUGUAGGCAGUCAACUGAACUAGUGCAAGAACCUGCUAUAGAUUAACAGGUUCUCUGGAACAUUUUGAGGAACCUUCUUUAAUGUUGCUCUGAUUUUAAGAAGGGACUUUGAAACGUUCGACAGUUUUCUGAUACUGUAUAAAUCCACUGAUCUGUAUGUUUUGCUGGGCAUAAAAUCUUUUAUGGGUCUCUAAAGAACUUUCUAGGGUUCUAGAUUCAGCUUUUUGCAGAACUUUAUUUCCCAUCUUGUUGUUAUAUAGUCCAGACCAGAAAAUACGGUAAAUGACAAUGAAUCCGUUAACUCGCCUGUUCACAGCUGCUUAUCCAGAAACUUCCACACACUAGAGUAACUAUAACCCAACUGUACACGCUGGACUCUCACUCGCUUACAGAAAUAUUACAAUGUCUAAGAAUCUGUCUGUAAAUAUAAAGUAUUUAUGUUCUUUAAGAGGAAUAAGGUUUAUGUAAUGUAAGUGUAAAUGUUCGUUAUUGUGGGUUUAUGUUGUGAAUUUUACUGGACUUUAAGUUUAUAACUGUAAAAUAUUCACGCUGUUAAAAUAUGAGUUUGGGUCAAUUUUGUUUGUUGUUUUUUUUUUGCCUCAGCUAUGCAAUAUUGCUGUAAGAAAUGUUGCCCUGACAUCUUGUCUUGCCUUAAAGAAUGCACAAGUGUGUGUGUGUAUGAGUGAGUGUGGCUGUGUGUGUCUGUGUGAGUGUGUGUAAGAGUGUGUGUGUAUGAGUGAGAGUGUGUGUGUGUGAGAGUGUGUGUGGCUGUGUGUGUCUGUGUGAGUGUGUGUGUAUGAGUGAGAGUGUGUGUGUGAGUGUGUGUCUGUGUGUGUGUGUGUGUGUGUGUGUGUGUGUGUGUGUGUGAUCUUGCACCCUAAGAUGACUCUGUAUUUUCUCUCUUUAUGGUACCACGUGAGACCAAAGUCCGCCCCAAAUCACGUGACGUAUUUCUGACGAGACUUAAGCGUUCAGAGCCUCUUGGUGGACUUGUAGCUGUUUGGCGCCACCUGGUGGCCGAUGUGUGGAAGGACACUGAUUUAGUUUCUUAAGAGAAAAUAAUUUUAGUGUUCUGAGUGAAAUGUCCAGCUGUGUGUGUUGGAAUGUAUGAAGUGUGUAUGUGAAGGUUUUGCGUUGUUUUGUUGGUAAACAGAAUGUGUGUAAUGUUAAAAAGGGAUGAGACUGGUGUUUAACUGGUGUUUAACUGGUGUUUAACUGGUGUUUGGUGGUGUUGCUGCUAGAGGUUUUGGUGUUUUUAGAUUUUCGUUUUAUUCAUUGGUCGUUUAAAACCUUAAUCAGGAAGCAGAACUUUGUGAUUCAUCUCACACACACUGCUGAACCUGGAAGUCCAGAAAGAGUUUCGUCAGUCACGGCAUUUACUCAUACCUACACCUACAGUACCUGCAUGUGGGCAGUGUGGUGUUUAUUAAUGUGUGGACAUAAACACAGAUAUGGUCACUGAGUCACACUGAGGGUUGUGUUUACUGAUUAUCUUUAUAUGAAAGUGACGAGGAAACUGCUUUGUGCUGAAUAAACACAUGUCCAACAUGGGAAGCCAAAAGAGUCAAAAUCACUUGUGUGUGUGUUUGUGUGUGUUUGUGUGUUUGUGUGUUUGUGUGCACUUACAUAUUAUAAACACACACUGAUUCCUGAUUCAGAUUUUAAAGGGACGACGAUGAUGAUGUUGAUAAAGUAGAUGAUGAUAAAGGUGGUGAUGGUGAAGAUGAUGAUGAUGAUGAUGAUGAAGGUAGUGAUGAUGAAGGUGGUGAUGAAAAUGGUGGUGAUGGUGAAGUUUUUAAAAGAACCCUUAAUCUUAUCAGUAACAUUUUUGGAAGUUAAAGAACCUUAAGAAUCUUUUCCAUUUUGUUUCAAGAUCUCUAAAUUGUCUAGAAGUUUCUUGGUACACGAAAACACGCACACACACACACACACACACACACACACACACACACACACACACACACACACACUGCUCAGCUUUGUAUAGAAACCUGUACAUUACUCAGAACCUGUUCACUGCCGACAGUCGAGUUCAUUGUGUUCUUUUUCUCUUGUACACUUGAUGAAAUCAUUUUGUACACUUUACACAAACCGCACGGCUUUCUUUACUUUACUUUCUUUACUUUACUUUAUUUACUUUACUUUAACGUUAAAGUUUGUACCACAGGAUCUCAGCUCGAUCGAUGCUAAGCAUCCGAAUGCGAGUUUAUUUAUCUGUUUGUAUCUUUCUUUCUGUUCAGUGAUGAAUCAUACUGUGGAAUCUGAAGUGGUGGAAUUAUGUGUGCGUUAAUUAGCAAUAUUAAGGCAGGGGCAGAACUUUACUCUGUUAAUAAAGUUCUUAUAAUAAAGCUGAUGUUUUUUCCCACAUCACACACUCCCA